AUGGCCGCUCCCCAAGAAAAAUAUAUUCAUGAUAUUAACGGAUCUUGGUUACUCAACAAACGCCUCUCAGACUCACUUAAACAUGUUCUCCGACUCCAGAAUGUAAAUUGGUUUCUCCGGCGCGCGAUAUCUUUUGCAGAUGUAACUAUCCAUGCAUCUCAAUCAAAAGAUGAAAACGGGUUGGUGACCAUCAUGAUGGAUCAUGUUGCGGGCGUGGGACUUGCGCUCACGACCGAGAUGAGACGAUUAAAUUGGGCGACGCGAAAACAAAAAGAUUGCAUAUGGGGCAAUAUACGGACGCGGAGUAGAUAUAUUCCUACUGCAAAUGUAGAGGAAGGAGAGAAGUUUCUGAAAUCGGGUUGGUUGGAGGAAACGGUUUUGGGUGACUGUUUACAAGAUAAAACUGAAUCGUCGACGGGUUCUUGGACAAGUGUUACAGUAUGGGGAUUUGAACAGAUCAAAGGCGAGCGGAGAUUGUCACGGCAUAUUCUUGUUCGAAAGGGAUAUGAGAUUGCAACGGCUAGACUGGUCUAUGACUAUAUAGGCCCUAUACACCCCGUGCAGUAAUUACGAAGAUGGAUAUAGUACCGAUGAAUUUACGGUAUGAGAAGUGUCGCGUAUUUCUUCACGGUGUUUCCGACGUAUGGUUUCGGGAAGGACAUGAAAUAAGAUGCAGCCGGAACUGUUAUCAAAGUUUCGAUAUCCGACGUUAGUACGAUGAUAUUGUCCGUCAUCGGAGGCAGAGUGUUGGGCUUCGUGGAUGAUCGAAAAGAUUUCAUUUUAUGUAAAAUAGCAUAGCGAAUUUUAAUGAUCCAAAUUUUACGACC